GUGCUUCUCUCGCGCUAACGCGGUCGCAGCCGGCAGUCCUGUGGCAACAAUAGUCGUGGUCGGGAGUGUGAACGCAGCCGUAUUCCAGCAGUCACGUGCGGAGAAAUCUCGCUACGAGCAGAAGAGGUAGAGGCGCCGGCGGCCUGUCCAGCGAUCGCACAAAGCUCCGCCGGCACCAACCGCAACAGCACCUGCAGCGUCACGUGCUCCUCCAGUGCUGCCAACUAGCACGCCACUAAUCAAGCUCUCCUCCAGCCCUGAGACAUGGCGCCCUUCCAAACUGAGGCAGGAGGAUGGGUGAGACGAGACCAGGGCUUAAAUCGAUGAGAAAAUCUGUGGUCCAGCAAGGAGCAAGAGGAGCAGGAGCAGGAGCAGGAGGAGGCAUUUCGGGGGCAUACAAGGAAGUAGCUCAAGUGCACGAGCAUGCACACAGUCACGCCCACGGCCAUCCGGCGCUCUUCUCGGCCGUCCCCACGCUCGAGUUGACUGCCCGGCACGUGCACCCCCACCCGGUCCCCGCCCCGGCCCCGCCGCCGGCCCGCAGGAAGGUUAGUGAUGAGACGAAGGAAGAGGUACAAGAAGAAGACGAAGCCACCCUCAGGGAGUUGCUUAUGAGGUACCUCCUGGCAUUUUCAGUGGAAUGGGAAUCCUGUGCUGUGAGUGGUCUAUCAAGCACUGCACCUGUAGGUUCUUUCUUAAAAAGAUGUGACGAUGCUCCCUAUUCUGCGCCCUCCAGCAUGAUGGCUACGUAUAGGAUUUUCCAGGAUUUAAGUGGAGGCAGCCGGGAGUACGGUCUGCAGAAGCAGGUGAGCGUGAUGAGCACAAACCUGAGCAACAAGCUGGAUGAGCUGCAGGCGAGAGGAGACCGACAAUUUGAAACGUCUGUAGCACUGUGCGAGAUCCGGACCCAGCUACAAGAGCUCACAAAAUCAGUCGAGUCGUGCCAGAGUGAAGUGAGUGAGGUGAAGCGUGAUAUGGUGGCCAUCAAGCACGAGCUGGAUACUGUCCAGCAAGUGAAAGAAGAGAUUGAAGAACUGCGUGAAUUUGUUGAUCGACUGGGCGAGCAGAGUCAUCGUCGUAAGCUUCGCCUUCUAGAACAGGGACUGACAUUCUUCCUGUCAUAUGCAAUCCUUGCCGCAGUUUUGGGAAUGCUGCAAUUUGGCUACAACACGGGGGUUAUCAAUGCUCCACAAGGGAAUAUUGAAAAUUUUAUGAAGGAUGUGUACAAAGAUAGAUAUGGUGAAGAUAUGAAAGAAGAAACUGUGAAAUUCUUCUACUCCAUCGCUGUAUCAAUUUUUGCCAUUGGAGGCAUGUUUGGUGGUUUUAGUGGGGGUAUGAUAGCAAACAGGUUUGGCAGGAAAGGUGGUUUGCUCCUCAAUAAUGUCCUGGGAAUAGGUGGAGCCUGCCUCAUGGGUUUCACUAAGAUAGCCCACUCAUACGAGGUGCUGUUCCUUGGCCGGUUCAUCAUUGGAGUCAACUGCGGUCUGAACACAUCACUGGUGCCGAUGUACAUCUCUGAGAUAGCACCUCUGAACCUUCGUGGAGGGCUAGGUACAGUUAACCAGCUUGCUGUCACGGUUGGUCUCCUACUCUCGCAAGUUCUUGGAAUAGAGCAGAUUCUGGGAACUGAUGAUGGGUGGCCUGUGCUGCUGGGUCUUGCGGUCUGCCCUGCUGUCCUACAGUUAAUUUUGCUACCGGUCUGUCCAGAAUCACCUAGAUAUUUGCUCAUAACAAAACAGUGGGAAGAAGAGGCAAGAAAAGCUCUCCGUAGACUGCGAGCAUCAAACCAGGUAGAAGAAGAUAUAGAAGAAAUGAGGGCAGAGGAGCGUGCUCAACAAGCAGAAGCAACAAUAUCAAUGAUGGAGCUCAUUUGUUCACCAACACUGAGGUCCCCACUCAUCAUAGGUGUUGUAAUGCAGCUUUCGCAGCAGCUUUCAGGGAUCAAUGCUGUGUUCUACUACUCAACAGACUUGUUUAAAAACUCAGGACUUACUGAGGAAAGUGCCAAAUUCGCUACAAUUGGCAUUGGUGCCAUUAUGGUGGGCAUGACACUUGUUUCUAUACCACUCAUGGACCGCACCGGUCGGCGCACACUUCAUCUGUAUGGCCUGGGAGGAAUGUUCAUUUUCUCCAUAUUCAUCACCAUUUCAUUUCUAAUAAAGGAAAUGAUAGACUGGAUGUCGUACCUAUCUGUUGUAUCAACACUGAGUUUUGUGGUCUUCUUUGCUGUCGGCCCUGGCUCCAUACCAUGGAUGAUUACAGCUGAGCUCUUUUCGCAAGGACCACGGCCUGCUGCCAUGUCCAUAGCAGUCUUAAUUAAUUGGAUUGCAAACUUCCUUGUUGGCAUAGGCUUCCCCAGCAUGCAGAAUGCGCUGGAGAACUACACUUUCCUCCCAUUCAGCGUUUUCCUGGCCAUCUUCUGGACAUUUACGUACAAGAAGGUUCCAGAAACUAAGAACAAGACUUUUGAAGAGAUCUUGGCUCUUUUCAGACAUGGGAAUGGAAGGGGAAGUCUUCGGGACAGUAGGUUGUAUGGCUGCCUCCGAGCGCUCAUCGCGAGAACUCGUUUCAACUGCUGCUUUGCUGACCAGCAGGACACAGGCCCCCCCGCUACCCCCACCACGGUUCCCGAACAGUGCUGUCUGACACUGGGAGACUCUUAACGUCGGUAACUUCUCAGUGUCGCUGACGAUGCUGGAAGGCCGACUGUACGGGCUGGUGUCGGAGCAUGGCAAGGCCUGCUUCGUGUACCUGCGCCAUAGCCUGCGGCGCUGAGCUCCAGUGGGAGGGAGACAUCUCCAGCUCCACCAAUGGGCUGUUUCCUUGCAAACACUGUUGAGACCGGAAUCUGGUUGCCUCCGUCGAACGUGUUCACGAGGACCUGUGAGAUCUGUUGGGUAAUGUGGUGGGUUUUGAAUUUGAGAAACAUUACUUGAAUAGUCUUAUCACUUUUUUAUAUAGACUGGUGGAGCGAGAUAACCAUUGGGAGGGAUGCUGUUGCCGUGUGGACAGUGCCGUUUUCCACAGUGUGAUGUUAUAAAUUUCAAUCUUCCUUUUUUUAGAAAUGACUUGUAUGAAUUUAUCACAUUCAUAAAUAUAGAAAACAAUGGAAAAAUACACAGGCCACUAGAUUCAGCAAACAAAUACAACUGAUUCCCUGUUCCUCAAGCUCCACAAUCAUCCUCUAGCCAUCCACGGUAACAUGCCAUUUUCAACUCUACAAGGUGCGGGACACCUGUACCAUUGAACCCUUCCCUUUCUGACAAUUUCUGGCAACUUAACUUGUAAGUUGCCUGUGGCACUAAUAUCAAUCCCAAACCCAGCGCAAAAUCAAAUAGAAAAUAUAAAAAUAAUAAGUGAAACAAUUUUUUACAUCCACUGUACCGUCGUGUAUAUAAAAUUUCGCGACAAAUUCUAAGUACGUACACUGCCAGGACUUUAAACUUAAAGCAUUAAGAAAUAUUCAAAAGACUAGAAAUAUCUUCUCCUCUGUAAAUAAAUUGUUAUAAGGGAGAGUAUCUCCUGUCGUAAAAGGACGGAUUGGUGUUAUUUUUUUUUAAACUUGUGUACUUGUAAAACUGACGUCACCAGCGUUCAGGUGCUCAAUUUUCAAUAGUUGUCACCAGAGUAUGGAUCAGGACAUGUUUAGUAGUAGUAUAACUAGGCACAAGCAGAAUAAAAAUAGUGUAAAUGAAAAAGAUAUAUAUAUAUAUGUAUAUAUAUAAAUAUAUAUAUAUAUACACACACACACAUAUAUAUAAAUAAACAUAUUGCAUAAGAGUUUCCUGCCCCGCCCUUCCAUUUCCUCACCAAAUCAGAUUACCCUUCUGUCCCUCUUUCCCUGCCGUCACUACUACAGUGGGUUGGUUUGUUGUGUUGGUUUGUCCCUGAGCAGCAAGGCUGCUACCGCACGUGUGUGUUGUGUGAGGGCCCGGUGGCGGUUCCCGCGAGAUCCCGGUGCCAGCGGCUGAUAGAGGAGAGCCUGAGUGUACGACCAUCUUCGUGCCUCCACCACUUCUUCCCUCAGAGAAGAGCAACCGUGUCCUGCCCUCAGGCCUCAGACAACUGGGAAUACUCUGGAACAGUUGUAAUAUAACUGGAAAACAGACAAUUCUAUCCAACGAAAUGUGCACAGCUGUUUUUUUUACUUUAGUUAUUUUUUUAGAAGAGUUUGUGCACGUGAGCUGAGUAAACUGUUAGCGCACACUGAACUCUUGGAGUUGUUUACUGUUAUGAAGCAGAGAUGAAAGUUAUAUAUACAUUCUGUGUACACUAAACUACUGCCAUUUAGGAAGAAUGAGCAAGUGGAGACUGGGACUGUUGUUUGAGUGAUUUUAUGUGGUAGGAAAUGGGACCAGCAACUCACCUGCCAGGGGAAACAACUAACAUAAAUCCAGAAGGGGUUGACAUUACGGAAAUGUGUGAUAUUUGGCAGGUGUUUAAUUGAGGAUUUCAUCUUGGGUACAGGUAAACUGUUUCUCAGCAUUUGUUUUUGUCAUAUUGUUUUCAUUUUCUGUAGCUUAGUGAUUCACUGCCACUGUGCUCAUGAGAGGAAUAGUGACAGCGAGAAAAGUUUGCCUGUUACUUGAGAAAAAGUGCAUUCACCUGCCAUUUAAUUUUGUGAUCAAGCCAUAAUGCCUUUAUUUAACAAAAAGGAAUAAAGAUUUAGUUAUCAACAUUUUUAGGGAUAUGAUGUGUUUGGAAUCUUGCCAGAUUUAUUGUAUCAUAACUUGUGGACAUGCACGUCAUGUGCUGCAGGGAAAAGGCCUAGUUUGUGAUCAUACUGUGGAGGGCUUCCGGAUCAAAUAAUAAAUUAUAAUAAGAGGGGACUUGAAUAAUGUUUGUAUGUGGGAAUAUGAACCAAACUGCAUGUGCUUGAUGCAAUCAACUUAAAUGAGGUUUUAAAACACUUUUUUCUUUCAUUGCAAAUUCAGUGUAGUACUGUCAGAGUUCAUUUUCAAAAUCAGAAAUUCAGACCAAAAAUUAAAAAUCAUGAUCAACCUUACUAAAUUCAGAAACAUAAUUGCAUAUUAAAUCUGUGAUGGCAGGCAGUUAUUCUGUCCUACAUGGUGAAAUUACAAAUGUCUAAAACUACAGUUUCUAUAUAAUGAUGAAGUUGAAAGAUAUCUAUAUUAGGUUCAUUUUUGAAAUUCCUAUUAAUAGGUAUUAAUUUUUUGGCAAGGGAAUGUAUAAAUUAAUGUAAUUAGGAAACUUACUAUAGUAAUUAUUAUAGCAAAUCUGAAAAAUGUAAAACUAACGGUUCUAGCAAUCUGUUGUGAUUCGCAAAGUUUGGAAGAAUGACGUCUGAUAGAGCGGGAACAUUUCUGACCUCUUCAAAAUAAUUAAUCCUGACCCUCCAUACCCCGCGCAUUGGGCGUCAUUGCAGGAGACAAGUGUUAUUCUAAAUGUAAAUAUUGUUAUGUACUUAAGACUCAUAUUCCUGAUGAAUGAACUGCAUAUUGCUUAUGUUAUUCAGUUUAUUUUUUAAAGGUUCUGUGUAUGUAUGCAAGACAAGAAGUACAGUAGCAGAAUAUGCAUAAUUCCUAGAUUUUAGCCAUCAGUUGGAUCUGUUAGAUAACUUGGGGAGUACGGAUGACGUUCCUCAGUAUUUGCUGAUAAGAAUAAGAAACACAUUAUUAUGAUUAUUAUUAUGAUUAUUAUAAUUCUAAUAUAGAAAUAAAUUUUGUGGACUUGGUGCAGCACAAGAAUCCACUACUGAUGUUGAUAGCUCAUGUCUUCAUUUCUUCAGUGCCAGUUUCUUUUAACCCACAUAGGGUGCAAGGGAAUAGGCAGUGUAAUAAACGUGUGGUUCUUUAGAGAAAAUUUUUGAGUCACCAGUCAUGUAUGAAAGUCUUCCGAAAUGUUGUAAUAAUUUUAUGUGAGCAAGUCCAGAAUUUUAAAUAAAGUAAUCAAAAUUUAAGACCCUAUAAAAGAGGGGAAAAGAAAGGCACACACAUACAUUCUGUUUGCUGCAGCCCAAAAACUUUUUAACAGUUAUCAUGUAUUAAAGAAAAGUUUUUCUUUGACACCCACGAAUGUUACACUGCCACUGCAGAAGGAAUAAUAUAAGAGUAAAAUAACUCUAUCAACAUAGAAAAAAGAUUGUGUUGUGUCAAUUCAGCAGCAGAUUUCAGCUGCUGCAAUGCUGCUACGGAAAGAUACAGUGUGUAAAGUUCCAUGAAUGCAAUAAAAUUCUAUCU